GCAUUUGUAAGGUCUUUUUUUCAUUAGGGGACUGUUUUACCACGGGAAAGGUCAGGACUCUCUCCUUCCCUCUCCUCCCCCAACGGUCCCCACCAAUUACCCCAGGGGCCCUUCCAAUUUUCCAUACAUUUGCCCAAGGUCCCUUGGGGACAGCAACUUCAUACUUGGGCAAUAAUACUGCCCCCACCCCACCCUUCCACCACCAGCUUAGCCGACUGGUAGUACCCAAGAGCGACUUAUGCGCCAGGGGCCGGCGGGCGGAGGAAAACGGCCGGGCCGCAGGCGGUGAUGGGGCCGGGUGCCUGAGGAAGAAAUUUCCGCGGGGGUCCGGAGUACUUCGGCAAGCGGCGGCGGGCGGGGGCUGUGAGCGUGGAGUAGCGGACGGUCGUUGGCGCAGCGGCCUCCUCCUCCUAAGGGGGAAGGCGACGAGCCCCUCCCCUCCAUCUGGGCUCCGGGCCACCCUCGGGCUCCGUCCCGCCCGGGCCAGCGUUCUAGCGUCUCCAUGGCGACCGGACGGGGCUGGAUCCUCCGGCAGCACUGCAAGGGGCUGGUGCGGGCGGCCGAGGAGAUCCCGUGGCAGCUACGCCUCCCGCCCGUCGACACUGGCUGGGCCUCCCCUCCAGCGCCCCUUGACAGGGCUCCCGGCCCCUAUUUCUUCCGGCGGCCCAGUAAGGGAUCAGAUGUCAUGCUUAAUCCUAAACCUUCAGAGCAAUCUACCAUGUGUGAAAGACAUUGUUCGAAGACAUUCUCUAAACUUUCUAUGCACAUAGAAGGUAUGCCCUCUGAGAUCUUACUGAAGAUAUUUUCUUACUUGGAUGCUGUUACCCUUUUGUGUAUUGGCUGUGUGAACAAGCGCUUCUAUUCUUUGGCCAAUGACAAUUUUAUUUGGUUCAGAAUCUACUCCGCUUCUUUUUCUCCUAAGAGAUCAAACUGGGAAGUGAAUACAGUAGAAAAGACAACUGCGUCUCUGAGCCAAGCAUCACUUCAUGACAAGGAAACUGGGUACUGGAAGAAAAAAUAUAUUGUGAAACAAAUAGCAGCUGGUAAAACAGCUGUAACUCAGCUUCUCAAACCUGUAAAUCCAUACACAGGUUUGCCAGUGAAGACCAAAGAAGCCCUCAGGGUAUCUGGAUUGAGUUGGGUGAUUGUGUUAAAGGAGAAAAAUGGGAAGGAGUAUAUCAUGGAGCAGGCUGAAUUUUCUGUGAAUGACACAUCUGUUACAGUUGUUUGGCAUGGGAACAAUUGGCCACGUAUAGACAAGCUGGCAACACUAGAUUUAUGUGGUGUGACACCAGUUUUUUUGGAUCGAUAUAAGGUCCCUACCAAGAACGGACCUCGAAGGCGUUCCUUAGUUGCUGAGUACAAUCUGACUAAUCUAACUAAAUCCACCUCGAUUGGCUCUGACAGACUUAUUCGGACCUUCUGCCUAAAUCCAGGGCUUCUAAUUGGUCUGUGGAAGAAAGAGAAGGAAAUGGCUUUUGUUAUGGCGAAUCUUCAUUUUCAUCUACUGGUGGAGAGAAGCACUUUAGGCUCAGCCACUGUCCCUUAUAUGCUGCCGCCUCACAUUCCUUUUCUGGAUGACAUUGACCAACAGUAUGGACUACAUGGUUAUCAGCUCCAUGUUGACAUGCACAGUGGUGGAAGUUCCUACCUAUGUGGUACCUUUCGUAAUCUCUUCAGCAGGAAAGAUUUCAUUAAAAACGGAUACAUGAAGCUCAUCGUUAUAAGUUUUAAAAACAACGCACAACAUUUACCUCUCAUUGGAAAAGUUGGCCUCUGUUGGAAAACAGAUGUUUUUGCUGGUUGUAUACAGAACUGUUAUAUGAUGGAUGUAACCCUUUUGGAUGAAACAGAGAAACCAUUUUGGUGUUUCAGUUCCCCCGUUUGCAUGAGACCUGCCACCAGACCGUCUGACUUUUUUAAUUACAGAGGUCGUCACUUUUAUGUAACCUACAUAGACCCAGUAGGAAAAGUGAACUUGGAGCUGGUAUGGAUGGAAGAGACAGAAGAAUACUACGUUGUUAGCCUGGCUCUUUACCUAAGAAUAGAAAAAGUAAACAGUUGGUUUGGAACAAACUACUGACCAUCAACCUGGCAGGAAAUUAUUUUGUUUCUUAUUAGUUUUUGUUGUUGUUGUUGUUGUUGUUGUUGUUGUUGCUGUUGCUGUUGUUGGUAUUGUAAGUUAAAAUAAAACUUGUAUUAUGAUUGCAACAGCAUGUCUUCUGCCUUUCUUGUGGAAAAAUAUGAAGAAUGGUUAUUUUGUGUUGUUUCUUUGGAUGAUUUAUGAGAUAUUUAAAUAUGUGAAAAAAUCACAAUAAAAUCUUCCUACAAAGAUUGUGAUAAAAUAAAGAAA